UCGCAUGCAGAUGCCUUUUUCUUGCUGUGUCAAUCACCAACAGUAGGUUGUCACAUAGUGCUGUGUAGAGGGCUAGGAGGCGGAAGCCCAGUCUACAGACCAGGCUAUACAUCACACCAAAGCACAUGCAUUUCACGCGCAUGCCGUGAGGUUAAUGCUGUGUGGUGAGAACACGAGAGACCUUGGUGCUUGCGAUACCUUGAGGAAGUCGCAACAUUAAUACAAAGUGUUUAUUACUACCUGUUUACAUACACAUGCAUUUCUUCAAAAUAUCGCCAACGGAAAUGUAAGGAGAUGUACGUAAUACAAUUUGAGACGUUACAUUUUCUGGAUGGAUGAAAGGAAAAGUUAACGAUGGAUGGGUGAAUGAAGGAUGCUGCAUCAUGGCAUAUUAGCUGAAGCUACCAGACACUUCGUGCCAGUAAAAGAUGCCGUGCUGCAGAGGGCUACCAUGUAUGAUAGUGGUGUUUCUGAUUCAGUUUGUCGGGGUCCUCUCAAGUCGAGACUGUGAUGUGAUCAUAGAUCGAUCUCUGAACUCCAUCCCACAGCAGGGUAGAUUUGUUUCCCCCGGCUGGCCGCAAAACUAUCCAACCAACACCCACUGUACCUACAAGUUCAUAGGCACACCCAAUGAGCGAGUCAAGAUCCAGUUCCUUUUCUUCGAUAUCCAAGGGGUUCUACCACUGUGCCGUUUUGACUACAUGGAUAUUUACGCCCAGGUGACAAGCCCCACGCAGAGUCUACUGGACACGCCCCUUCUUGGCCGUUUCUGUGAUAACAGCCUCUCUCACCUCCCUAAGCUUGUAAUCUCUACCAGCAACAUCCUAGUCCUCGACUUCUACUCUGAUGACAAGACUACUGACGCUGGCUUCAAUGGAUCCUUCACGUUCAUUGAUGCAUCUGUGUAUGCAAUUGGUACGCAAACAGACCCAGAAACUUGUAACUUCACCAUCAAUGGAGUACGGAAACCAUCUGGAUAUAUUGUUUCACCAACCUACCCGGGGUUCUACCCUGACCGUCUCCAUUGUAACUACCUCCUCCAAGGGGCUCCCGGGCAACGCAUACACAUCAAAUUUAUUGACUUCUCCCUCUACCAUGGCGGAGACUACUGCCCGUUUGACUAUGUCAAGGUCAGGGAUGGCCGUGACAGGGCCGCGACUGUCAUUGGUACCUUUUGUGGCAGCUACAGAAAUGUGGAGUUCUACUCGAGUCAGGAAUUCCUCUACAUAGAGUUUGUCACCAGCAGUGGGAGGGUGGACCUGGAGAGUACCACUCUCGACAACAACGUUGACUUCGCAUUCGACCGUAAAGGGUUCAAUAUAUCCUACCAGUUUAGUAGUGCAUUUGUUAAUUUAAAUGAUAUGAAUGAGGGACAUAUACAACACAUUGUGGGCACAGAGUGUGAUGUAAAGAUCAUGAGUAAGAAGGGAUCAAACGGCACUGUGAGAUCACCAGGCUAUCCUCGUGAUUAUCCUAUCAACGUCACUUGUCGCUACUACCUAGACGGCAUCAGUAAUCAGUACAACUCGGAGAAGGUCAUGGUGGCAUUCACAGACUUUGAACUCUCUGGGUCCAUGAACUCUGGAGUUAUGACCUCGAGCUGUACUAGAGGCCACCUGCUUGUAGAGGGUCACAAGGAUAACAACGGGUCAGAAAAGUUUUGUGGUACGCUGUUUCCUCCAAACCUCCACAGUAAGGAUUCACGCAUGGUGCUUACCCUCGAUACCCACGGGGCCUACGCCAAAAGAGGAUUCUCUGCCAAUUUCGAGUUCAUUAUAGAUUGUGGUAUUCCCGGUGACCAGCCAGAUCCAAACCAAUGUAUAUUUGUGUAUGACAGUAAAAAAAAAAAAUCUGGGGCAUUUAAUUCUCCGAGACAUUCAUGGAGCAGCCCUAAGUGCCAACAAUGUAACUACAUAUUCCGUCCCGAGUCCACGGAAAAGCUCCUCAUAUCAUUCGACUCAUUUUCUCUGGGAAGUUAUAAUUCAUCAUGUAUAAAUACAGAUUAUCUGGAAAUAUAUGUUGGAACAGGGAAGUCCAGAAGAUUAUUAAAUAGAUAUUGUGGUCAGCGUUAUCCAGCACCCAUCAUUGGCCAACAUAACAUGGAGAUUGUGUACCAUUCUCAGGACAGGGGAGGUAACUCAAAAUUCCAAGCACAUUUUGAGUAUCUGAAGGAUAACCAGAUGCACACACAUUGUGGGCGGAGUAUCAUCAGCUCGGGGGGAGGGGGUAUACUAAAAAGUCCCCGGUAUCCGGGCAAGUAUACCAACAGAGUAUAUUGUAAAUGGAGUAUCCGUGCAAAGCGGAAAAGCAACAGGAUUAUGGUACAUUUUUACAUGUUCCGUUUAGAGGGCAGGACCUCUGGUAUAGGACGGGUUGGAGCUGUUGUAGGCUGUCAGAAUGCAGUAAUGAAAUUAAAUAAUGGGUCUAGCUAUCCAGCUUUAGAACUCUGUGGGACACUAGACGAUGAAACAACAUUUAUGUCUCAAGAUGAUACUAUGGAUUUAGAAUUCCUUACAUCUGGUAACUCUUUAGGGGGGAAAGGAUUUGAAAUAAGCUGGACAGAGAUCCACACAGAAUCUGCUGGAACCUGUUACGGGUUUAUGUGCAGCAGAACUAGGUACUGCAUUGGUGCAGAUAUGAAGUGUAAUAAGAUGAAAAAUUGUGGAGGGGGAGACAACUCUGAUGAGACAACAGGAUGUAUCCCAAAGACCGAGGAACAGGCAUCGUCGUCCGGUCCUGCUGUCGGCAAGUUUGAAAUUCUCCACAUUGCUAUCGGAGCCUCCAUUUCAUCCUUUUUUUGCAUCAUUCUAGUCAUUUGUGGCCUCUACCAUCGUCGUAAGUUUCGACCAGAUCGUAAACCUCCUGCAAACGACCAUGUGGAAGUGCGAUAUGUUGCUGCAGCUUCCUCAUGUAAUACAACAGACCGUCUGUUAACAACGGACCAAAAUGACGGGCGUACGACGAUAGUGACAUCACCACACCAAACGCCCAGUCAUACACCAAAUCAAAUAUCAAAAUCAUCCAACCCUGGUACUCCCGGGACUCCUGCUAACCCCGGUACCCCUGUGCAAGGUGGCACCCCAAAUCAGACUCCUAACUUCUCCAAUGCCAAUCGGACUAGUAAUCGUGCCCCUCGCAUACAGAAGGUCUCCAUAGUGUAGCACCCAGGCGGAGCCUUAUUUUUAUACUACAAACCAAAUACAACGCAAAUAGAUAGUCAUCGUAACUAAUUAAUUACCUGUCCCAAGAGGGUAGUAUUCCAAGCUUUUUCCAUUUUUGGGAUCAUUCAGUAUUUAAUAUAUUUAGGAAUAAUAGCAGGCUCAGCAGCUGCCAAAAAUUGUAAUUCUUUAAGACAUGAUUUUUAUACAAAUUAGAUAAGGUCAGUCUUUGAUAAUUGAAAUUCUUAAGCAGGUGCUCAGCUCUGCCACAUAUUCCUUUCAUUUAUAUAUCUGCAAAGAAACAUUAAUAUAUAUGUUCAAAAAAUGUAUUAUAGAUCUUUGUUUUUUGUUUGUUGUGCCUAUUUGAUAGUUUAUCAUUGUCAUGAGUGUUUGAGAGAGGGCGCGGUUUUUACACAGUCAUAAUUAUAUGGGUUGAGGCUGUACAUAGUGUGUUUAUAGGCUUGUUAGUUUGUUCUGUCACCAGAUCACCAUUCUAGUGCUCAUGUUUACAUAUCUCAUGUAUCCAUCUUGUUUUGUUUAUAUGGUUAAGCCUGUGUGUGUCAAGUGGUGGUAUUUAUACACAGGUAUCCGGAAGGUGUUUUGGUCUACAGUGAAACUGUAUUAGGAAUGUGUCAAGGAUAUCCUUUAAAUGUAUCAAAAGGUGUCCUUUGGAAAUCUGAAAUCAGUAUAAAAUAUAUUAAAGUUAUCAUUUAUGGACAGGUUUUCUUUAUGUUAGUCAGUCUCCACGCAACCUGAUCACAUGUCUCAGUCUCCACUCUAACUUCAUGUGUCUCAGUCUCCAUGCAACCUUCACAUGUCUCAGUCUCCACUCUACCUUCAUGUUUCUCAGUCUCCACGCAACCUUCACAUGUCUCAGUCUCCACUCUACCUUCAUGUUUCUCAGUCUCCACGCAACCUUCACAUGUCUCAGUCUCCACUCUACCUUCAUGUGUCUCAGUCUCCACGCAACCUUCAUGUGUCUCUGUCUCCACUCUAACUUCAUGCGUCUCAGUUUCAA